AUGGUUCUAAUCUACGUUAAAUCUGGUGUAUGGAUGUCAAGUUUCAGUGACGAGUGGAGUUUCUUGGCAGACAAACAAAGGCGUGGUCGAAUGGUGACAUUAGAAACUACUACUUUACUGGAGGAACUCAAGAUCAUGGUGUGUGAAGAUUAUGGGGUCGACCCUAAUUUGGUUAAUGUCGAGUUCAGUUAUGAGAUGGUCAAUCAAAGAGGAAAUCCUCCCAUUAGUAUCAGUAAUGAUCGACAAGUGUGUAACUUUGUGGGCUACGCAAAGAAGGGUUCCUCUACAACCUUGUGUGUCACGUUCUCUGGUACUGAACCAUCAACAAAGUGUUGUGAUAAAAGGAAGAAUCAUGUCAUUGAGGAUGGUUCCGGUCAUGCUGGUUCAAAGAGUGAAAAGUAUGGCGAUAGUGAAAAGGAAAGCCGAGCUGGGAACAAAGAUUUCGUGAAGAAAGAUCAACUUUUCCAAAGUAAACGUGUCCUAAAGGCAACAAUGGAAAUUUGGGCGAUGAAGAAUAAUUACGAUUUCCUUGUUACCAAAUCAACGAAAAAGUGGUGGUCUAUACGAUGUAAGGAUAAUACGUGCAACUGGACUGUGCGUGCGGAAUGUGUUGAUGGGUCUACAUAUUUCAUGAUCAAUAAGUGUGUGGGUAUACACUCAUGUGCUCCUUCAAAGAAAAGCAACUUCGGAAAAACGGCGUCGGCAAGAACUAUUGGAAAGCUGAUACAACAUCGGUUUGAUGAUGCCAAUGAUGGCCCCAAAGCAAACGACAUCAUUCAGUUUAUGAGGCUAGAACAUAGCUGCGAAAUUACUUAUUGGCACGCUUGGGAAGCUCGUGAGUAUGCAAUUGCAGCUGUUAGAGGUAUACCAGACGAAAGUUAUGCAAAUAUACCAAAAUAUUUGCAUAUGAUUAAAGAAGUUAAUCCUGGUACACACACUCACUAUGAAACUAAGAAGGAUGGUAGAUUCAUGUAUCUAUUUAUGUCGUUUGGGCAAUCAGUUAGAGGAUUUCACAGUCAUAUGCGUAGGGUGAAUGUUGUUGAUGGAACUUUUCUGAAAAAUAAAUAUAAAGGAGUUCUACUUGUUGCUACAGCUGUAGAUGGUAACUCCAACUUGUAUCCAAUUGCAUUUGGAGUUGCUGAUUCAGAGAAUGAAGAAUCAUGGGAGUGGUUCUUCAGACAGUUGAGUGUGGUUAUUCCUGAUAGUAAAGACUUAGCUUUUGUGUCAGAUAGACAUGCGUCAAUUGCUAAAGCAAUCAAGGAUGUCUACCCACGAUCAAAGCACGGAAUUUGUGUACACCACUUGCUGACCAAUGUGGUUAAAUUCUUCAGGACAAAGGGGUUCACUGCUUUGGUCGAGAAGGCUUCAAAAGCAUAUAGGUAUAGUGAAUUUCAGGAACGUUUCACAGAAAUUGUUGAUAUCAGUCCGACACUUGGAAGAUAUCUACAGGAGGCUGAUGUGAGAAAAUGGGCUCGUUCUCUCUUCCCUGGAUCCAGGUAUGACAUCAGGACCAAUAACCCAGCCGAGUCGAUUAAUUCAGCUCUAAGAUCUCCUAGACAAUUUCCAUUAAUUCCUUUGCUAGAUAGUAUAAGAGAAAUGAUGACCCGAUGGUUCUAUGAGCGUCGCAUGUUAAGCUCCAAACAUAUUGAUCCUUUAACCGAUAAGGUGGAGAAAAAGAUUGAUAGGAGAAUCGUGAAGGCUCGAGGGUUUCAGGUUCAGAAGGUUGACAACUUCAGAUCACUUGUUAAAGGAGACAUAUAUGAUUGUCAUGUUGAUCUGGAAACCAGAACAUGCACAUGUGGGAAAUUUGAUUUAGGAAAAAUUCCAUGCAGACACGCCAUUCCUGCAAUAUAUUCUCGAGGUAUGGAAGUAUGGAAGUACACUGAUUUACUGAUGGCGUCUAUAGCACUGCAACGUGGAGAGCUGCCUACGCGGAAUCCAUUAAUCCCAUACCAGUUCCAGAGGCUGAAUGGAAUGUCCCAGAUGAGGUUAAACUUGCGAAGAUCUUACCACCAUAGUCAAGAAAGAGUGCUGGUAGACCAGUAA